AUGCGCUUCAACGCUGUCGUCGUCUUGUUGGCUGGCCUGGCUGGCAGCGCCUUGGCUGCUCCUCCCGCUCAAUUCGAGCAGCGAUCUCUCAUCACAGACGUGGGCAAGUUGGUAUCCGGCCUGGAAAACGGCCUCGGCGUGACGGCCCUCGAAGACGCGCUGGAUGGCCUCCUCGGCGGCACCCUCACCAAGCUCGAGGACGCGCUGGGCGUCACCUUUGCGGAGAAGCUGCUGGGCCUGUCCGAGAGCGGCGCCCCGCCCGGCACGCUGCAGGCCAUUGGCGAGGCCGUCGCGAUGCUCGAGUCCGGGCUGGGGAUCGACGCGGUCAACGCGUUCCUGGACAAUGCGACGGGAGGGGCGAUUAGCUCGCUUGAGGGGGCGUUGGGGGUGACGGACAUUGAGAAGGCGCUUGGCUUGGCGUAA